AUGAAAAUAAUAUAUAUGUGUAUCAAUGGCAGAAGUUCCUGCUCCUGCUGCAGCUGUGGCUAUUUAGAUCUAUCACAUGAUCCAAAUUUGAUCCUUAAUUACCUGUUUUACAGCACCAAGUUUGAUCCACUGAAGUACCAGAGUUACUAUGAAGGCUUGUUGCUCUUAUCUUUUCAGAAGAAAAGAGUCUUCCUCAGCCACACGACUCGAAGGAGUUGAUAUAGAUAUUUCAGAUGUUCAGAACAUCAAAUUCUACACUUACAAAGAAUUGCGAAUUGCCUCUGAAGGUUUUAGUCCUGCAAACAAGAUAGGGCAGGGAGGUUUUGGUUCAGUAUACAAGGGAAAGCUAAGAGAUGAUUCCUUGGUUGCUAUAAAGGUUUUGUCAGCUGAAUCAAGACAAGGGGUGAAUGAGUUCUUGACAGAAAUUAAGGUGAUUAGUAGUGUAGAGCAUGAGAAUCUGGUAAAAUUGUAUGGAUGUUGUGUGGAAGAUAAUCACAGGAUCUUGGUAUAUGGCUAUCUUGAGAAUAACAGCCUAGCACAAACACUUCUUGGUACAGGCCAUAGUAGCAUCCAAUUCAGUUGGCGUGUAAGGCGGAACAUAUGCAUAGGUGUCGCCCGGGGCCUCGCAUUCCUUCAUGAGGAGGUUAGACCACAUAUCAUUCACAGAGACAUAAAAGCAAGCAAUGUACUACUUGACAAAGACCUCCAACCCAAAAUUUCAGAUUUUGGCCUUGCAAAGCUUAUUCCACCAAACCUUACCCAUAUUAGUACCCGGGUUGCUGGAACAGUUGGUUAUGUGGCACCUGAGUAUGCCAUACGAAGUAAAGUGACAAGAAAAUCAGAUAUUUAUAGUUUUGGAGUUCUACUACUAGAAAUUGUUAGUGGGAGGCCUAACACAAACAAAAGAUUACCUGUUGAAGAACAAUAUCUUCUCACAAGGGCAUGGGAUUUGUAUGAGAGAGGGGAGCUACAAAGUUUGGUGGAUCCAUUUCUAGAGGGAGACUUCAAUAUGGAUGAGGCUGUUAGGUUUUGUAAGAUUUCUCUUCUUUGCACACAGGAUUCUCCUCAGAAUCGGCCUUCUAUGUCCACAGUGCUUGGCAUGCUUAGGGGUAGAAGGGAAGUGAAUGAGGAGAAUGUGACCAAACCAGGUAUGAUAUUUGAAUUUGUGCAAGCCAUGGAUGAAGGGAAACAAAAAUUCAAGACUGAAGUGGAAAAUAGCAGUUCAGGGAAGCAAGAUGAUUCAUCUUCAUCAGAAACUAUGACCUCUUUUGCUACCAUGACUUUCACUGCAAUUUAUGAUCGGAGCAAUUGAUUUGAAUGUUGAUGGCUAAACUUGCAUACGCCCCUUUGUGUUACAAAACAGUUUGAAGUUUUGUUUUAUAACUUCUUUUCAUACUACAUAAAUCACUUUUGGAAUCCUUCUGUAAUAUAAAGACAGGCAUAAUUUUUUGUAAUAUAGGAUUGUCAGUCUAGGCUGUAUAUUGAUAUACAACAAUAUUUUGAAUCAGUUGCUUGUUUAUUUUU